UUGUUUCCGUUUUCCUCCUAUUACGACACUCAGCUCCCUUACAUCCAUCCGGAGCGAUUCUCUUCUCCAACUGUCAGCUCCAACCACGGGUGCUUCCAGACAAAAUCAUGGCGCUCGAUAGCUAUUUUCGCAACAAGAUAGAGAGCAUGAAGCUCGAAAUCAUCCAAGGCCAAGCUGUCUUGAGGCGGCUUGAAGCACAGCGGAAUGACUACAACUCCAGAGUAAGGCUGCUACGGGAAGAGCUUGGUCUGUUACAACAACCGGGAUCUUACGUCGGCGAAGUGGUCAAGGUUAUGGGCACUAAGAAGGUGCUUGUCAAGGUACAUCCGGAAGGGAAAUACGUUGUUGAUGUCGCGGAUAAUGUCGACAUCUCCAAGCUCACAGUAGGGAAACGAGUGUCACUGCUCUCGGAUUCAUACAAGCUCGAAAAAAUGCUUCCAUCAUCAGUUGACCCGCUCGUAUCGCUAAUGAUGGUUGAGAAAGUCCCAGACAGCACAUACGACAUGAUCGGUGGCCUUGAUCAACAAAUCAAGGAAAUCAAAGAAGUCAUCGAACUCGGCCUCAAUCACCCGGAACUUUUCGAGUCGCUAGGUAUUGCACAGCCAAAGGGCGUACUCUUAUAUGGACCUCCAGGGACCGGGAAAACUCUCCUCGCACGAGCAGUGGCACAUCACGCAGAUUGCAAAUUCAUCCGGGUGAGUGGUUCGGAGCUGGUUCAGAAGUAUAUAGGUGAAGGCAGCAGGAUGGUCAGGGAGUUGUUCAUUAUGGCUCGCGAACAUGCUCCCAGCAUUAUUUUCAUGGACGAGAUUGACAGUAUCGGAUCCAGUCGUGUGGAAGGCAGUAGUGGAGGAGACUCCGAGGUCCAACGCACCAUGUUGGAACUGCUGAAUCAACUGGACGGAUUCGAACCUACGAAGAACAUUAAAAUAAUUAUGGCUACCAAUCGUCUUGAUAUCCUCGACCCUGCUCUCCUAAGACCUGGAAGAAUCGACCGAAAGAUUGAAUUCCCCCCACCCACUGUCGAAGCCCGCGCAGACAUCCUCCGCAUCCACUCCAGAUCCAUGAACCUAACCCGCGGCAUCAACCUCACUAAGAUCGCUGAGAAGAUGAAUGGCUGCUCCGGCGCAGAGCUCAAGGGCGUCUGCACAGAGGCCGGCAUGUACGCAUUGCGCGAGCGCCGAGUACAUGUUACACAGGAGGAUUUUGACCUGGCGACUGCCAAGGUGCUUAACAAACACGACGACAAGGAAAUCAGUUUGCAGAAAUUCUUCAAAUAAGCGUAAUCGAGAAGUUGUGGUUAGGGUGGAUAAAAGGGUGGGAAGAAGAAAUAGAACCAGUGAGGGAGGAAAGAAGCAGAAAAACGCGGUGUUCUCGUUUUCGAUUUUGGCAGCGAUAAAUCCAAUCGGCGAAGUUGGUAUCGCCCGUCGCCAGCUAAUGUAGUCCGCUUUCACAGGGUAAAAGUACACGAAGAAAUCAUGGCGAAAAUCCAACCGUCUCCAGCCACUUCUCACUUAGCUCAGUCGGGCCCUCCUUACGCCAACCGAGUUAUGGCAUGAAGAAUAUGGGCCAUUUUACGGAGCGGGAUCGGGAUUCGGGUCUGACAGGUUUCAUUCACCCAGAGCCCGCCUAUAUUUUGCUCUACAUUACCUUAACUAUAAACCUCUCUUAAACACCGUUUCCCCUUCUCAAUUUUCUUUUCGUCUCACUGCUCCCAUAAUCAUUCAUUUCUCUCCCCAUGUUUUGCUUCUUUUCUUUUGGGCAUCAUUCUGUACUGUACAAUUAUAGAGUGCACGUAGGCACCUAGAUAUCUUGUGUAGAAAAGGCACGUAGCGUCUUGCUGCC